AUGACACUUUCAUCCGAGUUUUACCGCAACAUUUGGGGUCCAACUGACGAAGAAGAGGCAGCUCUACGUCGUCGAGCUCGAUCUCGACGAGUUGAUAGUUCGCCUGCUUCUGUGACGUCUCGAAGAUUCAAAAAACGGGUGGCUACAGGUCCUCUCGUUGACAUUGCACAGGUGGCACACGUCGUUACGACCGUGUCGGACUUUCGAGCUGAUUAUGGUGAAGACAUGAAGAAAAUACGACUUAUGAAUGUGUGGGACGACCGCAGUCUUGCUUUAGGUUUUGAACCAGAGUCUUCGACUUGUCUUGACAAGUCAGUGGACAUUAACAUCAAGACGGAGACGGGUCCUUCUACUGCAGCCACGGAACCAGAAGACAUCAUGUCGCCUAUUCAUAGUCGUGCAGACAGGAUCACUGAACGUAGCUGUGAAGACAGUGACGCUGAAGUCAGCAGCUUUGGAUCGUCUCUGAUAAACAAGCUUCGACCAGGACAGCUUAAACGUGCUUAUACACCUGAGAUUGUAUUACCAAGCACUGUAAAGAAGUCGGGGACUCGUGACAAUGUCAGGAAGGAGCAGAAUUUGGAUAAUGUGCCGGUACCUCCUCCAUCCUCACACAACGGGAGCGUUAUCUUUAGUGCCGUGUUUUCAGAGCAAAAGGAUUGGAGUUGGAGUGCUAAAUUCCUGUUGGGAAUCCAUGAACCAAUUCGUCACGCUUUAUUUGUCAUGGAUCGCUUCUUGGAACAGUCUCAGAGUCAGUCGAAGCCUGAAGCUUCACAUACAUUGGCACUCGAGACACACGUUGCCGAAUUUUUUCUCUGGUUUAAAACGUACUUCGUCGAGUAUUUACAAUGUCAGCACGAAGUAAAAGCUUCAGUCUUGCUGCCUCUACUCAACUUACCAGCUUCGACCAAGCAGCAAGUUCUAGAUGUGUACCUGGAUAUCUCUCAAAUGCUGGCACAAAUUCAACAGCUAGAACGUGCAUUGUGUGUCAGUGGAGCUUGCCACGCAUCGUCAUGGCUUUUACGACUCCAGGUGUUGCAAACAGAGAUCCGACAACUGAACCGCACAUUGCAUGCGGCUUUGAAUAUGGAAGAGGAGACCUUACACCCAGCUAUGGGCGCUGCAUUCACAGAACGUGCAUUCCAUAGCCACAUUAUGCCUCGUGUCUUCCGUGCUAUCCGGGCUAAGCGUGUUGUGGUGCCAUGGAUUGUGGAGCGCAGUAAGAUCUGGGGAGGAGAAACAGAGCAGCUCAGUAUUCAGGGCAUGUUGCCCUUUUCAGCAAAGUUCAUGUAUCGCAAGAUUUGGCGACCAUAUUUCAUGAACAAUGUUGCCGUGGCGAUGAAAAAUCUGAACGAGUUUGUCGGCUCUUCAGGCUCAAGCAGCACUACCAGUACUGCGUCGACUUACAGUGAACGCCACGGAGACAUGUGCUCGAUCAUGUGA